GCUAUAAAGUCCGUUUUAAACGCUACCCCUCCACUUUGCGUAAGACAAAUUACUUUCGCGCUUCACGUCACAUUUAGAGACAGAGACUUUAAAGGGAUACUAGCUACCGAAGUGGCUACUUGUCAAGAAAGGGCUGCUUUUUUCCACGAUGCACGGAGGCUGCGGUUGUUUUCGGCGUUUUCGUAGUUUUCCCUUUACUAUCUCGCCGUCUCUGGUCUGGAAGCGCUCCUCCAGCUCCAUCAGCACCACAGCGCUCCUGGAUGCUGCGCUGGAGAAUGUACGCAUGCGCACCACAGUGGAAUUACUGCACAGCGCACUCUAAGUUGGACCUUCUCUGUCUUCACGGAAACCAGAAAACAUAUAAAAGUAUGGCGAUCUUUAGAAUAAGACAAAGGAGCUUCUUGCGCGUCUGGACGUUUCCCGUGAUCGUGGCCGUGGUGUGCGCGCAAAGCGUCAACGAUCCAAGCAAUAUGUCUCUCGUAAAAGAAACUGUUGAUAGACUAUUGAAAGGAUACGACAUUCGCUUGAGGCCAGAUUUCGGAGGUCCUCCGGUGGGAGUGGGGAUGAAUAUAGACAUAGCCAGCAUAGACAUGGUCUCAGAAGUGAACAUGGACUACACAUUGACCAUGUAUUUCCAGCAAGCCUGGCGAGACAAGCGUCUGUCGUAUUCUGAGAUUCCUCUGAACCUGACGCUGGAUAACCGGGUAGCUGAUCAGCUGUGGGUGCCGGACACGUACUUCCUAAACGACAAGAAGUCUUUUGUACAUGGUGUAACAGUGAAGAACAGAAUGAUCCGUCUCCAUCCAGAUGGCACUGUGCUUUAUGGGCUCAGGAUCACGACCACAGCCGCCUGCAUGAUGGACUUACGCAGAUACCCUCUCGAUGAGCAGAACUGCACGCUGGAGAUCGAGAGCUACGGCUACACCACGGAUGAUAUUGAGUUUUACUGGCGAGGUGGUGACCACGCAGUGACCGGAGUGGAAAGGAUAGAGCUUCCUCAGUUCUCCAUAGUGGACUACAAGCUCAUCUCUAAAAAUGUGGUGUUUUCCACAGGUUCGUAUCCUCGCCUCUCCCUGAGCUUCAAGCUUAAGAGAAACAUUGGCUACUUCAUUCUGCAGACCUACAUGCCUUCCAUCCUAAUCACCAUCCUGUCCUGGGUAUCCUUCUGGAUCAACUACGAUGCCUCGGCUGCCAGGGUUGCUUUAGGUAUCACCACUGUGCUGACCAUGACCACCAUCAACACACAUCUGCGGGAGACGCUUCCAAAGAUCCCGUACGUCAAAGCCAUCGACAUGUACCUGAUGGGCUGUUUCGUCUUCGUCUUCCUGGCUCUGCUGGAGUAUGCUCUGGUCAACUACAUCUUCUUCGGCAGAGGACCGCAGCGGCAGAAGAAAGCCGCAGAGAAAGCCUCCGCAGCCAACAAUGAAAAGAUGAGAAUGGACCCCAACAAAUGGUUGGUGGGAAAUGUAGUUCAGAGAGACGAUGCUCUGUAUGCCAGAAUGAAACAGAGGGAUAUUGACGCACAUGACUCCAUGUGGGAACCCAUCUUUGUGGAUGAUGCAGCAUUAGGACUAGGCGAUUCAAAAAAUAAGAUGGACCCCCAUGAAAACAUCCUCCUCAGUCCUCUGGAGAUCAAGAACGAAAUGGGCACAUCGGAGUUGACCCUGGGUCUGGGUGACCCGCGUACGACCAUGCUGGCUUACGACAGCACCUCGCUGCAAUAUCGCAAAGCCGGCUUGGCCAGACACAACUUUGGACGCAAUGCGCUGGAACGCCACGUCGCUCAGAAGAAGAGCCGACUACGGCGGCGCACUUCACAGCUUAAAAUCACCAUCCCUGACUUAACUGACGUCAAUUCAAUCGACAAGUGGUCGAGAAUGAUCUUCCCCACCGUAUUUUCCUUCUUCAAUGUCGUCUACUGGCUUUAUUAUAUCAACUAACUGGAUUCUCGGCCGCCACGUAUUUUUAUGUCCGUAUAUCCUUCUCUCUGAUUUUGCAAUACAAGCAGGACUUAUGUUGACAAAUUCAAAUCAGGACUAAUUCCCUUCGACCUUGGGUUCACCUUAAUUGCUGGCUGACACCGAAACCUAAAGAGGCUAAGAACAAAUGGUGCCUGCUCCAAAAAUCGAUCUUUUCCAGUGCAUUCGGUUUGAUAGAGUUUUAUUUUGUUUUAUUUUUUAGGACUUUAUCAAAAUAGUUAGGAUUAUCAAAAUAGCUACUGCUGCAAAUUUAUACUAACGACAAAACAUGGACAUCCACAAUUCUUUCCCCUUUUAGCCAUUUCUAAGCAGCGCUGGAUAAUUUAAUAUUUAUAUACCUUUAUUUGUAAUCUUUCUUGUUUUCACGGUCUAUUGAGUGAAUUAUGAAUAGUUUUAACAUAAGGCUGUAUUUUCUACUUCUCUACUCACAGAUAGUUUAUUUAUUGAAGAGAAUUUAUUAUACACUUUUACGUAACCUCAUUUAUUUUGAUAAAACUUUUCACUCAAAUACUGUACUCUAAAUUUCGUCCACACCUUUAUAUUUCCACGAUGCUUGCAUUAUGUUUAAUUUUGUGCUAUGGAAAUUGAAGGCAUUGCUACUAAUAACACAAUCCCAAAUUUGAUAGCACUCAUAGAUUUAAUUUGUUAUUCUGCUAAUCUCUCCGUUAGCGUUCCCACUCAUUCUCAUGAGCACUCGGUUCACUUGAGCUGUAAAAAAUGCAUUUUAGUUACAUCUACCGAGGAUGAGCUUCCCAAAACCAUUGUAAAAUGAAAGGGAUAAUUCAGCCAAUUAAUGGAUUACUCACCCUCAUGUUGUUCCAAACCCAUAAGACCUUCGGAAAACAAACUGCCAUAUUUCUGAUGAAAUCUGAGGGGUCUCUAACCUCCUAAACCAUCAAGGCUCAGAAAACAGGGCAUGUGAGCUAGACUUUAUCUAGUGCAUGCACAAAUCCACCGAGAAUUCGCCUGUGCCUUCGACAAUUAACAAAACUCUUAGCCUACACUUCAAAACUCGGUCGUUGGGAUAUGGAAUUCGUGAAAUGUUUCCGAAAGCAAAGCGACAGAUCAUACAGGUGCACAAUUCCUGUCAAAAAACGAGAUAAUGAUGUGGAGCGCUAACAGGAACGUGGCAAUGCGGCGUCAGUAAUUAAGGAUUAUAUUCAGAUUCUUCGUAGAAUUAUGCUUUGACCAAUAAUGCCACCUGAAUUAUUUUAACGAUCUCCUUGCUGCGUUUCUGGACCUUGAUCCUGGUAAUUACGUUGCUGUCUGUAGAGAGUCGGAGAACUCUCUGAAUUCAUAAAUAUGUUAAUUUGUUCCAAAGAUAAACAAAGGUUUGGAACGACACGAGAGUGAGUAAUUAGUGAUCAUACCUCAGUUGCUUUCAGUAGGUCUACGAUGCACUAAAACCUAAAAUGCUUUUAGGAAACGUAGCUCAUCAUGGGUUAAACGGAUGCUAACCAGCUAAACGUUGACAUCUUGGGCCAGCUUUACGUCAGCAUUUAGUAAAGACAGUUAUUUUUGUUAGAGUAUUAGAGUAUUAAAAUAAUCACGCAACAUGACUUACUACAAAUAUUGGGCUUUAUUUAACGCCUCAAAAACGCACGUUUUCAACUACUUUGUGUUUGAAAUGGCUGCUUCUGUUGUUGCUAGGAGAUUUUUUUUCUCCAUGUAUUAAUUUAGUAGGAAUGCCAGAAAACCACAUUAACAUAUCAUUUGCAAAGCCAUGUUACUUUUAAUUUGCUUCAGGAAACAAAAAAGAACUUGGAGCCUUCAACUAAGAGUCACACAAUACCAGGUCUAUCAAAACUUCGUGCAACCCUUUAUUUUUCGGCUUCCGGCUCUUUUUAAUGUACUGUGACUUCUUUAUUUCUUUAUUCAAAUAUGCAUCGGUCGAUAUUUAAAUGAGAUGUUGUGCCUGUGUUUCCCUACUAUUGCGCAAGUUUGUCCUGUUUAGUAAAUCUGGCCCGUUGCGUGUAGCCUCGAUCUGUCCUCACUCCGAAGGCACCAAAUACUGAUGAUUAUCACCAUUCAUCCCUACUAAGAACCUUGGUAUCGCCGUAUACUACACGGUUGCUUUCACUGAGAAACCUUUGGUUUAAAUAUACAGGAUUUUAGUGCAUUUUUUCAGUAGUCUACUUUUUGCUUCUUUUUCGGCUUGCAUUUACAUUUGAGUCAUUUUUUUUUAAAAGGAGGACGAUGGAAGCAAUCAAAACUGACAAAAGAGCAACAAUAACAACAAUCCUUAGGUUAGGAUUAGGGAUCAGCAUCUAUUUAUUAUAAUAAGUAUACGGUAUAUACGUGUGUAACAGGGCUGAAAUGCAUAAUCCAUUUUGGGUCCUACUUUUCUUUAAAUAAUUCCCUCCAUGAAAAGGUCAUUGUUAUGUAUAGUGUCAUGUAUGCUUGUGUUUGUGUUGUUUGGCAAAUCAUGUUUGCUGCCAUUAAGCUGGUUAAGGUUAGAAACACACUACAAUAAGUACAUUAUGCACAAGAACAUCUGGCACCACUUUAUUUUACAGUUAGCAUGCAUAUUAUUAGAAUAUAAGCCAUUUAUUAGUGAUCAUUAAGCACAUUUAAUGCCUAAUCAUACACAAUACCUAAGAUUAACAGCUACCACGCUAAGUAUUAAUACGCAGCACAUUUUAUUGAGAGAAAAGUUGCUAGGAAACAAGUGGUUGGCUUUGGUGUGAGAACGGGUUGGUAUUCUGGCUACAAAAAGUCUGGUCCUUUUAGAAAGUUUCUUCUUCCCAAUCAUUGCAUGUUUACCCCAAAAUGGACGGAUACUAGUCUGCUUGAACAGUUGCACAGAAACUUUAACAAAGAUUACGUUAAACCUUCUGAUCAGAACUUAUAGCAUUAGUGCAUUCCCCCGGGUUCACAGACCAGGCUUAAGCCUAGCCCCUGACUAAAACGUAAGAAAGAAAUACUGACUGAUCUUAAAACAUGUUUUGCCUCAAGUAAUGCUUUUUAAUCAAUCGAACCUAAUGCUGGUUUAGUCUUAGCCUUGUCUAUGAAACUGGGCCAUAAUUUGACCCAAAGAUCGAAGCAGACACUAGAGUUGAGCUGGAAGAUGUCUGGUUUAGCUGCCGCUAACUGCCUCGGACAAAACGUUUCACUACGGUUCAGAUUCAGCGAUACAAACCUCUCAAUCUUCGGUAAAUCUUGUAUAAUCCGAUGUCUUGUAAAGCUACUUCAAACGGCCCGAUUCAGCUCCGUUCCUUUCUUCCUAAUAUGUUUACAGGCAACAUUUAACAUCUUGAAGCGCUCAUCGCUCGUUUUGAUACUGAUUUUGUUCGAAAAAGCCAGCAGUUAAGGAAUCUCUUGGCUUCCUCAAUGAAAAAAUGUUCACAAAAAAUGGAGUCAUUCCUUUGUGUUAUGAACUGUAAAUACAUCUCUUGUAUAGGAUUGUUAAAACGCUCUUUGUAUUCAUAAGAAGAGAGUAGCUCUGUGUUUACAUAUGAAAUGAACUGAAAACCGUGGAGGGGCUCGUGGUGCAGAACCAAUAUUGUAAUUUUAUCGAAAUGCAUCUAGAAGAGUCGGUCCGAGCCCAGCGUCCUCCGCCGGUGAGAAGGGCAUAUGAAUAUAAUUCAGCUUUACAAUGCUUGAAAAAAUAUAAAAGCACAAUACCGACCAGAUUUAGCUAAGAAGGUAUAUACACAUCGUUCAUUUACUUUUCUCUCUUUUUUUCAUCAUUUUCUUCUCGAUACGGUAUAGUGCAUCUGUCAUAAUCAUUUAUAAAUAUACUGACCUGCAUGUGAGACAUUUUCCAUCAAGGUCUGCAGUUUUAGUUUUAUCAGCCGUCACAGAGAUAAAAACAGCGUAUCAUGCUCACCGAGAUUUCUUUAUAGUCUGGCAUCUCAGUGCGUAAAAAAAAAACAAAAAAAAUCGAUGUUUUCUGUAUUUUUUACAUUAACGAAAAGGCAGCAGGGUUUAAACAACAAUAGGUUAAAAGCUCGAGUAAAAAUGAAGAUCGAUUCAGUACGAUUUUAUCAUCUUAUCUCUCCACCCUAACUAAAUAUUGAAUGAUCUUACGAAACAUUAUUCAUUACCAGGGAACUGCGGACUUGAAAGCAUGCCAGAAAUCAAGCAACGUAUUUAUUACUCAUGUUUACUCAUGCAUCCCUCACAUCUGUAACGCAUGCAAUACUGCUACCGUACAACCAAAAAAGUAACAAUAUUCUGCUAUUCAUAUUACUAAAUCGACUCAAGAAGGAACUUGACACCAAUUAGCGGUAUUUAACUAUUUGAAGAUCUCUCAAACAUAAUAUGACAAGAAGAGUAGCUUCUGGGCUCAAGGAUCAGCAACGUGUGAAUGCAUUUAAUUACUAAUUACUAAUAGGUUAUUAAUAGUGAUUGUAUAUUCAUAACAAUGGUGAUUAUGUAAAAAUUAAGUGUAAGAGUGUGAUAUUUUCUGCUGUUCUUUUAGGGUCACAAUUAUUUGCACAAGAUCGACGCUUACAACAUCGAAACAAUUCAUAUCAUUUACAUAUAUUCAUAUUGUGUGUGCAGAAAUGAUUUUCUUUGUCAAUUCUUUACAAGUUGUUGCAAGGUUUUUCACCGGAGCUGUAGAAGACGUCUCGGUGGUGUACAUUCUUAAAGGAGAACUUGGGCAUUAGGGCUUAUUUUAAUAUAUUUCAAAAACUAUUUCUAGGUGUAAAUAUCAAUUCUGGUACUAAACAUCCAAUUGGAGCAGGGUGUUCAUGUAAAUACAAAAUACUUUCUAACAACGUGUAAUGUAAUAUUUCUAAACUUUCUGGUUUGUACUUUACUGGUUAAUGCAAAGGUUACUACAAAGCAAUGCUAUGAAAAGUACUUGGUGACAAAUCAAUAAUGUAAAUAAUUUGAAACUUGCCACUUGCUCUCCUUAGUAAACAGAUGUUAUUUUUUAUUUAUUUUCGUUUUCGUAACAUACGUUGCAUAAAGUGUAUUAGGGACAGAAUGUUCUCAUAAUAAGCCAAUACUCACAAAGAGACGUUUAUUAUAUAAUGCAUUAAUUAAUUUUUUUACAUUUAAUUUAAUUUAAUUUUUUUAAUUUAAUUUUAUUAUAUUUAAUUUAAUUUUAUUUAAUUUAAUUUUUAUAUUUAAUUUU